AUCUUUUCCUGGAGCCUAUUACCAGACAUUUUGAAACCGAUUCUUCCUUGUGAUUAUACUUAUUUAAUACAAAGAUUCGAUAUUCUAUCGCCAUACCGAACACAAGAGAACUUUGACGUUGAAAAUUUCGAGUUAGACGCAUUCGUAAAUGUAUGCAACGAAGAAGGAGCAUUAGAAUGGUUUGCAGCAUUUGAAUCCUAUUCAAAGACUACAAUGCCACAAACAAGGGGAUUUAAAGUAACGGGAAACAGGGUACUUUUUCGGCAAUUACGCCAUUGUAUCCAUAGCCAUCAAGUUAGGCAAAAACAAGGAAAUCGUAUAAAAAAACGUCAGCAUUCGCCUCGGGAGCGUGAUAUCAAUUGUACUGCAAGCAUUCAUAUUCGAUUGGAACGCCAGAAGCUUACACAUAGUCAUCCGUUAGAAAUUAAUAUUAAAUUUACGCACAACCAUGUAAUUAAUUCAGCGGAAUCACUUAGUUUUCGCCGUGUCAAAAGCGAAGUCUGCGAAAGACUUGUCGAAUUAUUCAAAGACGGACAUUCGCCUGCCUCCGCGUUGUGUGCUUAUGAAGAUGAACUGUAUCUUAAUACUACGAACGAUCAAGAAUUGUUGGAAAUGCUUUCCGAUCGAGCAUUCAAUCCAGACUAUGAUACUGUUCUCCGUCUUUUUCGAAAAUACCGUGAGACUGCACUUGGCAGUCGUAAUGGAAAAUCAAUGUUUGAGCGUUUAAAGUCAAUGGUCGAAGAAUACAACAAUUCAGGCCGGGGUAAAGCGGUGUUGCAAGAAUUUGACGCCAAAACCGGAAAGGCAUUUAUACUUUGCAUUGUAACAGGCCUUAUGCAGCGAGUGCAUGAGAAAAUUCCACAAGCGCGCGAGCUGUGUUAUAUGGACGCUUCGGCUUCAUUCGAACACCUUAACAUGUCGAUUACUCUCCUUUAUACUAGCUGCGCAGUCGGUGCCCUUCCGCUCGGGCUAUUUAUCACUUCAGACGAACUCGAAAUCACAUUAGAAAAGGCGAUAAAUUUAUUGAAAACAAUUCUUCCUGAAUAUGCCUUUUUUGGACGCGGUCCACAAGUAGGUCCGAUUAUUUUCCUCACGGACGAUUCAAGGGCUGAACGUAAUGCUCUGGAAAUGUGUUGGCCACAAGGGAUCCGUCUUCUAUGCACGUUUCACGUUCUUCAAUCGUUUUGGAGAUGGCUCCAUGAUUUGAAGCACCAUAUUAAGAAGGAGGAUAGAGCACCUAUAAUGGAGAAGAUGAAGAAAAUCCUUUAUGCGUCAUCAGGCCUGGAAAUGGAUGCGCAUUUUGACGAAUUUAAAAAUUCUUAUUAUAGUUAUCCACUUCUACGAAAACAUUUUGGAUUUUUGUGGGAGCGUCGUCAAUUUUGGGCACUAUCAUUUCGAGUUGGAUUACCUACGCGCGGGAAUAACACGAACAACUACGUUGAACGAGGGUUUGGAAUUUUAAAAGAUAUAAUUUUUGCAAGGACACAAGCAUAUAAUAUAGUACAAGUAUUUCAGUUUGUAGUGACAAAUAUGGAGAGAUUUUAUGAGCGGAGGCUGCUCGGAAUUGCACAUAAACACCCUGGACACUUACGCAUUGCAAAACGGUUUUUGUGCCCUGGUUGGGAAGAAGUGAAUGUGAAUUCGAUUAAGGAGACAGGCAUAAGAAAUGAAUUUUCAGUUCUUAGUACGAGACAAGAUAACCUUUUUUAUAUAGUGAACAGUGAAUUCGGAACGUGUACUUGUCCUGUUGGGGUAUCCGGAGCACCAUGCAAACAUCAGGGAGCAGUUGCGAUGAAGUAUAGUAUUGCAAUAUUUAAUUUUAUACCUUCAUCAACACUUGAAGAUCGUAUGGUAUACGCCUACAUUGCACUUGGUUAUACCGCGGAAAAUAUUUCUUUCUAUGCAUCCUUACAAGCAAAAUUUACUCCACAGGAUCAAGGAUCUAUGUUGCAAAGUGGUUCCUCUAACAAUAUUCUUGACAAAUUUAUUGAGCGGAGGGUAUCCGAUAAAGAAGAUACUGGAAUCAAUUGCACUGCAUUUGCUACAUUUUUAGAGGAAAUGAAAGCAGAUUAUCAAAAUGCGGGUCCUCAAUUAGGCACUGCACUAGACAAAUUCGCGGAACGAUAUCGUUCAGCAAAAUCAAAAUCGAUUCCUCGACUUAUUUCCUAUCUCUACGAUCUUAAUCGUAAUUUAGACCCAACAUCUCGUGUUAAAAGUGGUUCUAUGAUCCGCGUUCAGGUCGAAUCUAUUAAAAGACGAAAGGUUGAAGGUGCUGGUGGUAGAAAGAGGUUACCCGUUACUGUCAGUGAAGAAAAAGAGAAUUUGGAUCCUCAUGUUAUUCCUGCACGAAAGAAGAAAGCGACGGCUAAAAAAG